AAUAGCAGCCAUCCUGUGAUGCAGCCCUGCGUUGCCACAGCAUUUGGUGGAAAAAAAUAAUAAUGCUGCUUCCCACUGCCAUCGCCAUCGCCGCCAGGGCCUGGACCCCCCCAACACCCCGAUUGGCUGUUUCGCGUCACAUGAUCAGGAAUUGGCUGCAAUUUCGCCCCAUAGUUCUUCAGUUUAGCCUACCCAUGGUCCCCAUACGCGAGUAAUAUCACCAAUAUACACAAUUAUUAUAUAGCCGCCGCGUUUACGCCAUUGCGGUCGGGAGCCUACAUGCUUGUGCGUUUUUUCCUUUUUUUUCCCCCGAAAGAAGCCAUAUUGUUUUGAGUGCGUGCGCGAGCGCGCGCGUUUAUGUGUUUUUUUUUUUGUUUUGUUUUUUUAUUUUGGGGAAGGGAUUGUUUCGGGGGUCUCGCCGUUCUGAGGUCGAAGCCGGUUCGAGGGAGCUAUGAAUUUUGAAUUUGAGAGGGAGAUCGGUUUUAUCAACAGCCAGCCGUCCCUAGCAGAGUGCCUGACGUCCUUCCCAGCCGUCCUGGAGUCAUUUCAAACUUCAUCAAUCAAGGAGUCGACAGUAAUUCCGCCUCCCUUCGAGCACACCAUCCCCAGCCUCAGCCCCUGCACAGCCAGCCAUCCGAGACCGGCUGCUAGGAGCCAGCAGAACCGGAGGACCUCCGUCGCCAAUGGCCUCCAGACGAACCACCGGGGCGCCCAGCAGCCCUUCCCGCCCGGCCAGACCCCUGCCCUGGCCGUGGCCGCCCCGGCCGGCCCGCUGGCCCACGAGUUCCCCUGGAUGAAGGAGAAGAAGUCCUCAAAGAAGUGCCCGAAGCCUGGGAGCGGCUCCAGCGGCGGCGGAUCCAUCAUCCCCCUUGGCUCGUCCUCCCCGUCGCCGACCGCCUCCGGGUACGCUUCGGCGGGCAUCGAGUCACCCACAGACUCGAGCCAGGCGAGUCUGGAUGGUGGAGGAGCCGGGUCCCGCCGGCUGCGCACCGCCUACACCAACACGCAGCUGCUGGAGCUGGAGAAGGAGUUCCACUUCAACAAGUACCUGUGCCGGCCUAGGAGGGUGGAGAUCGCCGCCCUCCUGGAUCUGACCGAGCGGCAGGUCAAAGUCUGGUUCCAGAACCGGCGGAUGAAACACAAGCGCCAAACGACGCACCACCGGGACGGCGGAGGCCACGAAUCCGGCGAGUUCGAGCCGCUCGAAGGCGCCGACGCCUCGUCUCCGUACUCGAGCCAGCCGCUGGAAGCAUCUGGCACUGGGGAGGCUGAGUCGGACAGCGAGGCGGGGAGCUGCAAUCCAUCUUCGGCCGCCUACGCUAAUGACAGCGGGGACAAUGCACAACCCACGCCGGAGAAAGGAGGCCGACCGAGCCGCCCCGAACGCCCACCGUUGCCGGGAGCAUCUGGCUCCUCCGACGCUUCCGCGGCUCGCCACUCUCCGCCAACGUUCACCGCGGAUAUCCCGGGCCUGAUGCAGCUCGGCGAGGCCGGGCUCGCAGAGGCAGCGUCCGACCCGUCGUUCUCCGAGCAGCGGGACUCCUCCGUCUCCUCGACCUCGUCCUCUGCUGCCGCCGCCGCCGCCGCCUCGACAUCGCUCCCCGACCUGGCCUUCUUUUCCGGGGACGCCUGCCUGUCGCCAAGCCUGCAGAGCUCCCUGGAUAGCCCGGUGGAUUUCUCCGAGGAGGACUUCGACCUGUUCACGAGCACACUGUGCACCAUAGACCUGCAGCACCUGAACUUCUGAGAAACAUAAAACUACAAAGAACUAAGGAGCGGACGGAGAGCGUGGACGAGCAAUCGAGCGGAGGAGACGGCACUGCAAGCUUCUCGGCAACAUUCCUGAAACAUUUCUGAACUAAAAUGAUGUUCCUUUUUUAAAUCUAUUUUUUCGUCUUCUUCCUGGUUUUAUUUUACGACUGUAGCCUACCUAGUUUAAGAGAGUUGCAGUUCAUUUUAUUUCAUUUUCUUUUUACAUUUUAAACAUCGAAGGGAUUUUUAUUUUUUAUUUUUGCUUUUCCACGAUCGAAACUUUGUGGAUUUUUCUCUCUCCCCUUGUUCAGGUAUUUAUUGCCUUUCUUGUUUUUUGUUUUGUACUGAUUUACCUCAUCAGUAUGUGUGGAUUUAUUUCAUCUCUUACAUUCUGGUGCAGCUUCAUGGAUCCUUAAUAACUUCUCAGGAACUGUUCACGGAGUCUAAAGGUGCAGAUAGCUGGACUGCUUUCUAGAAACUAUCCCAACUGAAGAAUGAAUUCUUUCUCUCUCUCUGAACGAGACAAGACCAGAGAGAGAAGUCCUGCUGAUGACCCGAGUUUUAGACCCUAGUUUAUUUAUUGAAAUUCUUUAAUAGUGAAAAUCCAAAUUAUUUAUUGUACAUAUAUUUUCAUAGUGGAAUAAUAAUAAAAAAAAACCCACAAACAUUUAAGAUGUGGCCCAUGUCGUUUUGUUUUAUGAAUUCCAGAGGUGCUGAAUGGCCUUUAUAAUAAUGAUGUGGAUACAUGCAGCAUUCAAAAUAAGAAUUCAGUGCAAUUUGUAUUACACCAAGUAUAAUACAAAGUGAACAUUUAGCAGCAUAUUUGACCAUUCAUUGUUUUCUUCUUUAUUAUUUUGUUGCUGUUAUACGAGUGUAAUAUUUUUUAUCUGCUAUUUUAUAUAGUAUAAAUAAUUCCCAUGCUAUAUUUAUACAUUGCAAUUCAUUAUAAGCCUAUAAUUCCCUUUUUAUAAAUCUUUUAUAAUUAUUAAGGUUCAGGUUGUCAUUUUACUAAACAAUGUGUAAUUUUGAUCAUAUUUUAAUCUUCUAAUAUGCAUUUUAAUUUUAACUCAUAAUGUGGACUGAAUGCAGAUUAUUUUUAAGUGUUAAUGCGUGGCUCCCUGUAGUCCCCCCCCCACACUAUCAUCCACCACAUAACUAUAUAGCCUGAUAUAUAGCCUGGCAUGGCCCAGUAUGGUUCAGCUGGUGUUUACACAGAGAUAACCCUAGAAUGAGGUAUUUUUCCAGAGCAGAUAAAAACAGGAGAAACGGUCUGAGGCCAGGCUGGGUCAUUGUUUUCCUCCAUCGCAUCAGCUUAGCUCAGCUGAGAAGGAGCUAAUGGUUAGCAUAGCACACCAGAGGCAGCUUCCAUAGCAGCCUUUCACUUAGAACGUGUGAGACCCCAGAGCUGACCCC